ACUUCCUGUUUGGGAUCUCUGGGGUGUCAACAUCGUGCAAAUCACAGGCAGAUUUCACAAAGCCGAAUGAUCUCAAAAUGAAAACAUAAACUAAGUGCUUACACCCUGACACAGAUAAGAUAUCUGUGUCUUGUCUCUUGAAGCUGGGUGCAUCAUGCCGAGCUCCCUCCUGUGGGCUGUUGAUGUGUACGGCAGGGUUUAUAGCCUUUCGACAGCGGGACAGCAGUGGGAGCAUUGUCGCGAUGCCCACUUGGAGUUCAAGCGUGUUACGGCUGUACAGCAGUGCUGCUGGAGCAUUGCUUGUGACCACAACAUCUAUCUGUACGUCCAUGCCAGUGACGUGCCUAUCCGCUACCAAGAGGAGACAUUUGAAAACCAGAGGUGGAACCCCGUCGAUGGCUUCUCGGACCGGCUGUUGCCCAGUGACCGCUGGCAGUGGAGUGAUGUCACAGGGCUGAGGCACCAGCCUCUGGGUGACUUUCAGCUGCCCUCUGAGAACUGGGAGUGGGAGGCGGACUGGUACGUGGAUGAAAACUUUGGAGGAGAGCCCACAGAGAAAGGGGGAUGGACAUAUGCUAUUGAUUUUCCAGCCACUUACACGAAAGACAAAAAAUGGAACUCUUGUGUGCGUCGUCGCAGAUGGAUACGAUACAGAAGGUACAAGGCACAGGACACUUGGGUCAAGAUCCCCUCAGAGCAGACUGAGUCUCUUCCUGACCCGUUUAAUGACAUCACUUGUGGUAGUUGGGAGAUUACUGAGGAGCCCAGAGGGUGUUUGGCACUGUGGGCGGUCUCUCUGCAGGGAAAGGUGUGGUUCCGGUGUGGCAUCAACCAUCAUAGUCCCGAGGGCUCCGUUUGGGAGGAGGUGCCCGUACCAGGGGAGGUUGUGCAGAUCAGCUGCGGCCCGGGUGACCUGGUGUGGGCUGUCCUGUGGGAGGGUCAUCUGCUGGUCAGAGAGGGCAUUGGCAGAGAUUGCCUGAAGGGGUCAUCAUGGGUCACGGUGGAGUCGCCAAGCCCUGUUGUGGGUGCCGUACACGUAGCUGUUGGUGUGAAUGUAGUGUGGGCUGUCACUAAAGAUCAUAAAGUCUGGUUUAGACGGGGUGUGAAUUCUCAUAAUCCUUGUGGCUCAGGUUGGAUAGGUAUGGUUGGAGAGAUGGUCAUGAUCAACGUUGGUCUCAAUGAUCAGGUGUGGGCUAUUGGUUUUGAAGACCGGGCGGUAUAUUUCCGCCAGGGUGUGACUGCCAGCGAGCUUAGUGGGAAGGCCUGGAAAGUUGUGUCUGUACCCAGAGAUAGUGAACGUUCCCACUCUAGCGCCAGCGCAAGCAGCCUUCAGAGUGCUGGUUGUUUCUUUGGUGGUGAGGUGCGUCUGCAGUCCCAGGCAUCAGUGUUGAGUGAUGCAGACCCUGAGAGAGCUGGGGGGGAAGUUGUCCCAACACCUGAGAUAGGAGACGCCCCUAAACCACGCAUCCCCAAAGUGACCAGUGACAGCUUCAUCUCAGAGCUCGUGUCUGACCGUGAAGGCCAAAUCAGUCGCCGUGACGUCCCCCCAGCUGGCCCAUCUAUUCCUGAGGAAGAUCACCCAGAAAAAGAGUUGGAGGACAGGGCUUCCCCAGCCCAGGUUCUGUCUCCUAGCCAAUCAGGUGGGGUGGAUCCUCAAUGGAGCAAUGUGGACCUAGAGGAAGCCCAGACGCACCUCACAGCUGGACCUGGAGGAGACGCAGCUGAAACCAGCAGCCUGUCCUCUGUAGCCACCUAUAACUUGGCCCUAGAGGAGCCUUACGGGCCAGAUGAGCAUCCAAAAUGGGCCUGGGUUAGCGGUGGGGGAUGUUUGGUUGAGUGUCACACACAGCUCAACUGGUUCAACUCUUCUACAUCCACAGCCCUGAACUCCUCCAUGCAGGCCAUGUCUCUCUCCAUUACACCUGCUCAAACGGCAGAAUGGCGUAAACAGAUAUUUGAGCAGCUCAGCGAGCGCUCCAAGAGAGAAAUGGAGAAUUUCAUGAAUUAUGAGCAGGCCAUUGAACAGACUGUCAUUGACAUAGCAACAUCUGUGUGGGUGAAGAAGGGCACCAUGCAGUGGUGGCGAGACUGGAAACCUCAUAAGUGGGUGGAUGUUCAGUUUGCACUGGAGCAGUUUUCAGGAGCGGAGGGUAACAAGGAUGGAAUUCUGUUUAUCUACUACACAUUUAAUGAUGAAAAGAAGUAUCUCCAUGUGUUCAUUAACGAAGUGACAAUCCUGGUGCCAGUACUGAAUGACUCCAAACACACAUUUGCCAUCUAUACAGCAGAGCGAACAAAACAGAGGUGGCCCAUCCGCCUGGCUGCGGCCACAGAGCUGGAGAUGCACGACUGGCUGGCUCUGCUCAGUGUGUCCUGUUGUGACUCUAGAGGUAUUCAGGGCCCACCCUCGAAACAAGCCAUCUGGUCGGUCACCUGUAAAGGUGACAUCUUUGUGAGCGAGCCCACAAAACAACUAGAGGCAUCUCCCUACCCCACACUGUGUGAUCAGAUGUUCUGGCGUCAAGUCGGAGGGCAUUUGCGUAUUAUUGAGUCCAACAGUCUUGGUGUGGUGUGGGGGAUUGGCUAUGACCACACUGCCUGGGUCCACACAGGAGGCUAUGGGGGAGGCUUCUUCCAGGGUUUGGCAAGCAGCACAGAUAACAUCUACACACAGACUGAUGUGAAGAGCGUUUAUAUCUAUGAGAACCAGCGCUGGAAUCCUGUCACUGGUUACACUAACAGGGGUCUCCCUACUGACCGUUAUAUGUGGAGUGAUGCCUCCGGUCUGAAGGAGUGCACUAAAAACAACACAAAACCACCCUCCCCCAACUGGACUUGGGUCUCAGACUGGACUAUUGACUAUGCUGUGCCAGGUGGCACAGACAGAGAGGGCUGGCAGUAUGCAGCUGACUUUCCUGCGUCAUACCAUGGAAAUAAAACAUUGAAGGACUUUGUCCGCCGCAGACGUUGGGCCAGAAAGUGUAAACUCACAACAACUGGCCCCUGGCAGGAAGUCCCGCCUAUAUCUUUGAGUGACGUCACAAUCCUGCCUUGUGGACCGAAGAGCACAGUGGAACAGGUGCCAUUGUGGGCCAUCAGCAACAAAGGAGAUGUUUUGUGCCGUCUGGGUGUCUCUUCACUUACCCCUGGAGGGUCAUCAUGGUUACAUGUUGGAACUGACCAGGCUUUCAAGUCAAUUUCCAUAGGUGCCGUCCACCAGGUUUGGGCCAUCGCUAAAGAUGGCUCUGCAUUCUACAGGGGCUCUGUGUCUGCCCAGAACCCGGCAGGAGAUUGCUGGUAUCACAUCCCUUCUCCAACCGGACAGAAGCUCAAACAGGUGUCAGUGGGCAGGACAUCUGUAUACACAGUGGAUGAAAAUGGUAAUCUGUGGUACAGACAUGGUGUGACCCCCAGUUACCCUCAGGGCUCAUCAUGGGAGCACAUCUCCAAUAAUGUGCGCAAGGUGUCUGUGGGACCUCUGGACCAGGUAUGGAUCAUUGCGGAUAAGGUGCAGGGCAGUCACAGUUUGAGCUGUGGCACUGUGUGUCGCCGACUGGGGUUGCUGCCGAUGGAACCCAAAGGACACUCGUGGGACUAUGGCAUUGGGGGCGGAUGGGAUCAUAUAACAGUCAGAGGAAAUGCAAUGGAGGCACCUCGCAUCCUGAUGCCAUCCCUGACUGACAACCAGACGGCAACACGGCCACUGCAAACCAGUAACCAGCCAGAGAUGAACGGGAACCCAGUGGGCUGUUAGUCAAACAGCUGAGCUCUUUAUGCUAACCGUCUCUACUGUAGCCGUGUAGAAGUUGUCUUCCCUUCUGUAGCGCUUCUCUUGUUUAGAGCAGAAUUACUCAAUCCCACUUAACAAAUCGUGCGACUCGAGCUCCCGCACAUGCAGACGACUCUGUGGUUUUGUUUGUACCUCAGCUGAAUUCACAUUUUCUAGUUAGUUUGAAAGAUGUUUUCUCCAUUUGUGGGCUCUCAUGGAUAUUGAGGCCACUUCCAGUAAUGCCCUCUCCUUUUUAACACUCCCAUCAUUCGUCAUUAUGAUUUUUACAUAGUAUUUUUGUUUAGAGGAUCUUAAUUUAAUGUUUAUUUAUUCGUCUGUGGUAAAAUCACGAUUGCCCGUAUGCUUUUUUUAUUUUUUUAUUUGAAUUCAGGGGCAUCAAAUACAAAAGGUCACAGUGUAAGCUACUGUAGGUACACUACAAGCAUUUUAUAUUGAACAUCACACACAAACAACAUUUUUAAACAAACACCUGCUUCUGGGAAUUUUACAGCUCGGCUGCAGUGCCGCUAAACAUCGGUUUAAGCAUAAAAGAGUCUGUAAUACUUUCAUCAUCUGCUUGUAUUGGGUUAUUGGUUAUGUUCUUAGUCAAAGCUGAGACAGCACCGUGGUACUGAACAAAUACACUAUAGUUCCAAAAUCUGGGGUCAGUAAGAUUUUUUUUUUUUUAAGAAAUUAAUACUUUAAUUCAGCAAGGAUA